AUGGCUGGUGUUGUUCCUGGUGGGCUGCAAGUUCAUCCAGAUGGUGAACACAUAGUGUAUCCCCUUGGAUGCAAAGUUGUGAUACAGAACUGGAAGACAAAAGUUCAAACAUUUCUGACAGGCCAUACUAAUGUUAUAUGUGCUGUAUCAAUUUCUAAAGAAGGGAAAUAUGUUGCCUCAGCACAAGUAAAUCACAUGGGGCACAAGGCAACUGUUAUGUUGUGGGAAUUUGACACCCUGAAACUUGUUACCAAACAUGAAAUCCAUAAAGUUCGUGUAGAAUCUGUUAUAUUUUCAUGUGACAGCCAUUACCUUGUGUCCUUGGGAGGACGUGAUGAUGGUAAUGUUGUGGUGUGGGACAUCAAGGAAAGUGAGGCACUAUGUGGCUGUCCAGCAAGCCACGGAGUAGCUGGUGAUGCAGUUCUUCUUUGUCCAACCAGUAGGCAUCCGCUCAACUUUAUAAGUGGUGGGGAUGUAACAUUAAAACUAUGGAAAAUGGAACCUGAGAAGAGGCAUGUUAGCUAUGUUGACAUCAAGAUUGGUACACUAAAGAGGCAUGUGAUCUGCAGUGUGGUGGAUGCUGAGGAUGAAUAUGCAUAUUGCGGAACAACAUCAGGAGAUAUACUGAAAAUUCGAUUAAAUUAUGGGUCAGGUUCAGCUGCUGGAGUUAAUCCUGUACUUGAAGGCUGUUACGCAAAAAUUCCAAAGAAAAAAUUAGCAGAAGGAGCUGAGCCAUCAGAACGGUACAGCAAAGGUGUUACAGCCUUGACAUUACUCACUGAAAAAUGCACCACAAAGGUUGUUGUUGCUGCAGGGGAUGGAACUGUAGAAUUAGUGAAGGAAAGAAGCAGUCCUGUGAGUCUAAAGAAAAGUGCAUUACGGCUGCCUACAACACCGAAGCUUGUUGCACUAAAAAGUGCAAAACUGGAUUCUGGUGCUACAUCUGUCAAGAUUAUGAGGGAUGAAAUCAUAGCUGGGACAGACCAGUGUGAAAUAUACACUAUAAAUAUUGCAACAUUUAAUGUUUCACUUCACAUCACAUGCCACACAGACGCCAUAUACGACCUUACAUUUCCAUACAAGUGCUCAGAGUAUUAUGCAACAAGUAGUAAAAAUGACAUCAGGGUAUGGGAUGCCAAAGCAUUAAAGGAGCUGCUCAGGAUAACAGUACUUAAUCUGACAUGUGCCAGCAUUGUUUUUACAUGUGAUGGAAAGAGCAUUAUUAGUGGUUGGAAUGAUGGUGUCAUAAGAGGAUUCACUCGAAGGACAGGAAAACUGCAGUUCGACAUACCAUAUGCCCACAAUUUGGGUGUGACAGCUCUGGCAAUCACUGUGUGUGGCUCUAGACUUAUCAGCGGAGAUGGGGAAGGAUUAAUACGUAUAUGGGAAAUGAAACCAAAUUACCAGAAAAGUCUUGCUAGUUUGACUGGACACAGUGAUGCCGUUUCCUCCAUAUGUAUAUCAAACUCUGGGACAGAGGCUGUAAGUGCCUGCACUGAUGGAACAUGCAUUAUAUGGGACAUUGUGUACCUUGCAAGAUUUCAAAAGUGUUUGGCCCUCGUGUCAACACCUUCUGCGGGCUACUGUUCACGAACACCGUCUGGUGGCACUGGUAGAGAUGGCAGCUGGCAUCAUGGCACAGUAGUUGUGAGAGGUCUGUCGGCAAUGGGGGUGUCGUGUCUGAUUCUCAUGGGACUUGGCACGGGUGUUGCAGCUGUUGCAUCAGCAACAUGGGGGACGUUGUCUAACUGGGGUGCCAAGGAAUGUGGCGCAGUGGACGGGUCCAGGCAUCUUCACCACAAACAAUUUUUUUCAGCAAAUGCUCCAUUCUUAUGUGCACGUUAUAUUCCAAGUGAUGUUCAGAUCAUCACAGCUGGUGCUGACCAUAAGAUUCGCUAUCUGGAAGUUUUUGAUGGCUCGUAUAUACGCGAACUUGAAGGAUCUUCAGCUGCUGGGAUGACAUCUGUUGAUGUUUCUCCUGAUGGCAACUACAUUGUCACAGGUAGCUGUGACAUGUAUGUCAAGGUCUGGAGAUACAAAGAGGGCAACACGACCCAUAUUGGGACAGGUCAUGCAGCAGUUAUUACCGCAGUUCGAUUUUCACCUGAUGGUACAUAUAUUGUGAGUGUGAGUGCAGAUGGUGCCAUAUUUCAAUGGAAGUGUCCUUAUGAUUGUUCAGCCAAAGAAAUUAAACCAGAAAGCGUCCAAAGUGCCUCAAGAUUGUCAAAGAAGUCCCAUGUUUCAGCAGGAGCCGACCAGGAAAAUGAAAAUCAGCAAAAGGUGGAACAAACUGAGGAAAACACAAGGAAGCAGGAAACACUUUCUGCUGAUGCCAACAAAUUAAUCAGAAACAUGACUGCUGGGGGAGAUACAAAAAGUGAUGAUUACUGUGCUUGUCUUGAAACACUUGGUUAUAAAGCUGCUCCCAAAAAAGCAGGCAGCUUAAAGAACCUGAGGACUGAUUCACAAGAAAGAUGUGCAUGUAAAAAACCAGUUGUACAAAGAUGUAGGUGGUAA